UAUCAAAGCCUAAGUCUAGGUAGGUAGGUAGGUAGGUAUCUAAGGAUAACAAACGAAGUAGCAGAGAGUUGGUAGGUAGAAUAUCGCAACGUGUGCCUGGGCCGUUCCUGUCGUUUUGUUCGUUUGGCAGCCUGCCUUGACCUGCUGUCAACAUCCACAUCUGCUUCCAACCCCUUUCUUCGUCUAACAAGCAUCAUGUUUCACCUCGCUGCCCGACAACCGGAGUCAAGUUUGUUGUUCUAACUUCGGCAUGUUUUUGAGUUUCCAAUUACACACUGUCCGCAUCAUUCCUUGUCCGUUUGCUCAACACACUAUCCCCCACACCCGCUUCGAAUGCAGCAUCCAGCAAGUAGGCGGUAGGGCCUCCUCCGUUGUUAGCGACGCCGACUAACAAAUGCAGCAAUCAUGACCCGGCUCGAACAUCUUCCUGGCGAUCUCCUCGCAAUCGUCGCCGAAUGUGUCCAAGAGGUCUGUGGCCUCGCCCCUCUGGCCAAGACGAACCGACGUCUCAAUGCGGUUGCCACACCGCUGCUGUAUCGCGAAGAAGUACGCCGCAACAACCAAAACGCCCUGUUGUACUGCGCUGGCGAAGGCCUUCUGGGAUCUUUGGAGCUUCUCCGAGUCGCCGGUCAAGAUCUUGCCGCGAGAAAGAUUAGCGAUUCCGAACUUGAAGCAACGAUCAGAGAACCAUUCAACACAGACAGAAGAUCCGGAGCUUCCGGACGUCAUCGUUUGCCCAGGGGAAUUGAAAAGACUUGGGAGGGAGCAAUCCACCGCGCCGUUUUAAAGUGCCAGGCCGAGGUAGUUCGCUGGCUGAUUACCAACGGCGUACCCGUCAACCAGGCAUCAAAUAAUCUGUGCAAGUGCGAUACUGCCUUAGGUCCGGAUCCCAAUACUCCCCUGCAUUUAGCCCUGUGCCACCGCCAGAUGGAGGCGGCUCACAUUCUCCUGGCAAACGGUGCCGCAGUGAGGUACAUCGGAGCCUUUCCGGACACGACGGCCUGGCAAGCCGCUGUGGGCGGGCAUCAACCAGCUGCCGCAAUGGGAUUUGCUUUCUCCGUUGCCUCCAAGCACUCUGAGGUCAUCGAUGGCCAUAUGGGCAGCUUCACGGACGAGAAGAAUCAUUCGGAAAACGCUAUACGAGACAGUUGCAUCAAACCCAUGGUGGAACUAGACGAUCCAUCUCAGUCUUGUAGUGCAACGGCUGUUUCGCGCUUUUGGCCAAGCUGACAGCAUUGCGGGCAUCGACAAUCCACUUCAGCAAGACGGCCUUGCGGAUACCGAU